GGUAUUGCUAAUUAUAGCACAGAAGCAGGGCCUGUAGGAAGAUGCGUUCUUAUUUAUUUAAUAAUUUAUUAAUAGCUUCAGUGGUAAAAUAUUAUUAAUAAAUUAAUUUGAGUUAUGUUGCUGAUCGUCAGUUUGUUUCUCCUGCUGCGGACGUCAACAGCUGUUUUCUUCCAUGAGAAGUCUUCCAUCGUGCUAGCCCCUGCUGGAGAGAGUAAUGACAUCAGCUUUGGAUACAGCUUGGGAUACCAGGGUGGGGAGAAUGCAAGUCUUGUGAUCGGCGCGCCUCUCUACGACGAGACGGGACGCGUGUACCAGCGCUCUGUACAGGAUAUCUUGCGAGGAGGAACUACUUGUGAUCCACUCGAUAUCGACUUAGCAGCUUUAAAUAUCACAUAUGACCGAACUCUCAGCCCAGAUCAACAGUUUUACUUAGGGGCUUCCAUAGCUGCAACUGAAAAUUUUUUUGUGACCUGUGCCCCACUGCGGACCGCAUACGGCGCAUAUUUCGACCGUGAAGGGCACAAGACGAAAGACGUCUUCGGCGCAUAUGGAGCCUGUUUCACGUACGAUAGAAGUCGACAUGCACAUGCGUGCCAAGGAUAUGGGCUCGAGCAGACGUUACAGAAUAAAAUAUCUAUGGGAGUUUAUGAAUAUGGCAGUUCUGGCUGGAGUGUCAUGACGGAUCAAGCCAAGGACACGAUGGUUAUAUCCAAGUCUUUCAACACCCCUGACCUGUUUUACAGCACUUUGGAUCCAGGUCACAAAUACCGAACGUUGUCAUCAAACUCCUCAUUGGCUCUUGAGAAGGAUAAAUUUACAAGUUUCGGGAAAGCGAUGGCAUUUGGAAAUUAUUUCGACACAGAAGCAAACAAGACAUUCUACGCUUUCAGUUUGAGAUACAUGUCUGGAAAAGGAGCGAUUGCUUUCUACCAUAGUGACGGCACGUGGAAGCCGUUAAAAAGCCCUGAUUCCCCCGGUCGUCACAAACUCAUCAAGCCAUACAGGAUCGAGGACAAACAUGUCGGCAGCAUGUUCGGGUUUUCACUGGCCAGCGCUGACGUCACUGGUGACGGCGCAGCGGAACUGUUCGUCGGUGCGCCCGCGCAGGUCUCCGAUGGGCGCAGUGCUGACAGAGGCGCUGUGCAUGUUUAUUCUAAAGCAAAGUCGGAUAAGCAAGAAAUGGAGUUGAAGCUGGUUAUUUGGGGAGUUAAGGACAAUGCUCGAUUCGGAACCACGUUGGCCACAAACGAUGUGGAUGGAGACUCAUAUCCUGAAAUAUUUGUCAGCGCUCCAUUCGAAAUGUCAGGUGUUGGAGCGUUAUACAUCAUGUGCGGACACGAAGUAAAACAUGUUAAAGAAACAAAAAUUCUAGUCUCUGAACUGAAAAGGACGCAAGUAAUAAAAGAAGAAACUCACAAAAUCUUUGGAUUCAGUCUUCAACCAGUGAGCGACUUUAAUGAUAAUGGUAGUGAUGAACUAGGCGUGGGAGCUCCGGGAAAUUCUAGAGUAUCAUUGUUUUCGGGAAUCCGAGCCAUCACGGUCAAUGUCACUUCGAAAAUUUCUGAUUCAGUGUUGGAUCCCGUUUCCGGGUUUUCUACUCUCAUUUUCUCCUCUUGCGUUACUGUUGAUUUGCCGGAGAAACCGAAAAUUAUCACUACGAAAUUGAUAGUAAAAAAUGUGCUAAGCGGGAACGGGGCAUUCAAUGACAGCGAAGACGCCAUCUAUGAAAUUGAUUUAGCGUCGAAUGAACAUAGUCUUGAAGUCGGUAGCCGCAAGGAGUAUUGUAGGAAUAUCACUAUUGUUGAUGCGUCUUUCUGUAUCGUGAACACAACAGUAUCAACAAUGGAACGUAUUGAAGAUCAUAAAGAAUUUAAUGAAACUUGGGUCACACUGAGCACUCUAAGCGAGUUGACAAGGUCAAAUCGUUUCGAGUGCGUUUGUCCAAAGCCAGGUUGCGCGCCUGUGCUCAACGCAGAAUUGCGAUGGUCUGGGAGCAAUUAUAACACCGGAGUACCCGACUACCUCAUCGGUUCCUCAAAAUUCGAGACCGUGGAAGUAUCAAUCCACAACACAGGAACUAAAGGCUGCAAAAGUUGUGCUCUAAUACGCGUGCGCGACCUGGAUCAUCAGUUGCAGUGUCAGCGCGAGCGCGACGGACAAUACUUGUGCCCUCUGGAGAGCUUCGUGGGAAAUACUACCAAAACUAUCGAGAUACAGCUAGUCAUGGACACACUAAGCAACCAGGAAAGCAAUUUCACCGUGGACGUGGAGGUCCGACAGGACUGCGAGGAGCCGGGUUCUGUCACGUCUCUAACAGUUCCGUACGAUUUUACUGAAGUGUUCCACCAUGUCAUCAUUAAUGGAACUUCUUUGGACCGUGAAAUAGCAGACACGGAAAUUCAGGAUGAGAGUGAAGAAAUAAUCUUCCACGAACAAACUUACACAAUUUUUAACAACCAGUCAUUUAUGUGGAAAAAUACAUUGGUGAAUCUCACUGCGAAAAACAAGCCAUAUAUUCAGAACUUCAGGGUUGCUAUAAAGCAAACUGAAAAGUAUGCUGAAUAUAACGGCGCAGAGGACUUUUUGUGGGGAUGCGUUCUUAAUUUAGCUCCAUACUCCAUAACAAAGAUUUCCAUUUCUACUAAUAUUCUGAAAAAGGAACUUGCUCGAUAUCUUCAAACGGGAAACAUUACUAUACCAUCUGAACUAGUCUUGGAACUGCUCCCAGAUAAGACUAAGAACAAAAUGUUAACAUCAGUGCUGACGUUCAAAACAGAGAUGACAUUCUGGCAUAACAAGCCUCUCAUCAUCAUGAUCUCCCUUCUUGCGGCGCUUCUGGCCCUCAUUAUCAUCACCGUCAUAUUAUACAAGCUGAAUUUCUUCAGAAGAAAAAACAAAGAAAAGCAAGAAAUAAGAAGGCGGAGCAUACGUCGAGAAAGCAGUCGACGUCAUGCACCACCGGCUGAUGACGAGACUCAAGCUCAAACCACUGAUACGGUGGACUUAUCCGUAGUGAAAGAAGAACCUUGUGAACCUACACACCCUACUAACAGAAGACAAGACAGGACAAGUUGCGAAUCUAACCUCAACUCAGCGCCGACCGACAAUGCGACAUCGGGUGCGCUUGCGCAGUAAAUAAAUAAUAUGUAACUAACGUAUGUAGUUCUAGAUUAAUACAAAGUACAAAAGAAGUUUAGUAUUCUAAUGUAGUUUGUUAUAAUUUACCUGACGUAUUAUAAUGUAGGUACAUACUUUAUUACCACAACAAUCAUCAUCAUCAUUCACUUGCC